UGUUAUCCAUCUCAGUCACACCAAACUCAGUGCUCCUGAUGCCUGGCCGUCGCUAUGGGAACGCACUGACUGGCAAAGCAAACUUUGGACAACGUUGGUUACUCUGACUGACCUGUUAGCUACAGUAGCUAGAUACUUUUACCCCAAAACAAUGAAAUACCUAACGUAGAGAAAUACAUUUCGUUUCCUGGACAAAAUGACUUGGAGAAAUAUCGACCCUUUGUCACUUGAUGAGACCAUUGAUGAAGGGAAAGAGGAGAAGGAUGUGGAGAAGAGAAGAGCCUCGGUGUGGGAACAUCAGGAGCUAGCCCAGAUUCCUAUCAAGGUGCUGAGGGGUCACACAGAUGCUGUCACCGGCUGCCACUUCUGCUUUGACGACACCAAAGUCCUGACCAGUUCCCACGACAAGACGGCCACUCUGUGGGACACGGAGAGUGGCGCCGCGCUGUUGGUGUUUGAGAGAGGACAUCUGUCCAACAUCUCUGAGUGUGCCUUGAUCCCUGACAAGAAGAGGCUGAUUACUGCGUCAUGGGACAAGACCCUAAAUGCAUGGGACCUAGAGACUGGCAAGAUCAUUUGGACUGCACCUCAGGCUGGUCUCCUGACCUCAUGUAGCGUCUCAGAGGAUGGGAAGUACGUAGUCUCCUCCUCUGACCUGGAGAAUGCAAUCUGCCUGACCUCAGCUGAUACAGGGGAGAGGCUCUUCCACAUCAAAGAUCACCACAAGUCUACGAUCACGCGGUGCCGGUUUGAUCCUCAGAGUCAGCACGUAGCCAGUGUCUCUGAAGACAGAACCAUCAAACUGUGGGACCUGGUCUCCACCCAAACAACCCUCUCCAUCAACAGGUGA